GCGGCGCGUUCCGCGGGCAUAUCCCUGAAGGGGCUGAUUUCCGUCCCUUUCUUUUUGACACAAAAACAAAAAAAAUAAAAGAUAGCUUUUUUUUUAGAAAUACUGGAGCGAUCCAGAGGGAGAUAGAUUCUGUAUUCAUGGAGGUCUGUUUCAAAUGGUGGAACGGAACGUCAUCGGUGCGUCACUGGCGCGCGCCGUUGUUUUCAAUUUUUUUUGGUUCCCUUUUUAGCGCAACGUGGGAUAAAGGAGAAGAUUUGCUGCCGCCGGGGGGAGGGAUUAAUGCUUUAAAUCGGAGGAUUGUCGGGCGAAAGAGGGAAUAAUGACUCUGUUCCCGUCCGCUCUCAGUGAGGAGGAAGAGGCUCUGCAGAAGAAAUAUGCCAAACUCAAGAAGAAGAAAAAGGCAUUGAUGGCUUUGAAGAAGCAAAGUUCAGCAUCUCAGACAAACCAGGGUGGAAUUAAACGAUCUCUUUCUGAUCAACCCAUCAUUGACACUGCUACAGCAACAGAGCAGGCAAAGAUGCUGGUGAAAUCUGGAGCAAUCAGUGCCAUCAAGGCAGAAAACAAGAACUCUGGUUUUAAGCGCUCACGAACAUUGGAAGGAAAGUUAAAGGAUCCGGAGAAGGGACCAACCCCUUCAUUCCAGCCUUUUCAACGAAGUGUCUCUGCUGAUGAUGACAACUUGGAGGUCUGUAAGCGUCCACAGAGGAAGACUCUUUAUGAAAGCUUUGUGAGCUCCAGUGAGCGUGAGAAAGAUCGAGAGGAGGACCGUGAAUCGGGAAAGGAGCUGGAUCGCGACAGCUACAGGGACGUCGAGCGAGAUCUAGAUCGUGGAAGAGAUCGUGACAAAGGCCGAGACAGGGAUCGAGACCGGGAACGAGAUCGAGACCGGGAUCGAGACCGGGACAGGGACCGAGAUCGGGAUCGGGAUCGGGACCGGGACCGGGACCGAGAACGAGACAGAGACAGAGACCAAGACCGCGAGCGAGACAGGGACAGAGAUAGAGAUAGGGACCGAGACCGUGAUCGGGACCGUGAUCGGGAUAGAGAGCGUGACCGGGAUCGUGACCGUGAUCGGGAUCGUGACAGGGAUAGAGACCGAGACCGUGGCAGAGACCGGGACCGGGACCGGGACCGGGACCGGGACCGUGAUGGCUCUUAUCGAAGAUAUGACUCUUUCCGUGCACCUCGUAAAGGAAACACCAUCUAUGUGCAUGGCAUGGGGAUGACUGAGGAGAUGCUGAGAAGCUCCUUUUCCAAUUUUGGGACCAUUGUCAACCUGACCAUGGACAGCCCCAGGAACUGUGCAUUUGUCACCUUCGAGACAAUGGAGUCAGCAGAUCAAGCGAUUGCAGAGCUAGAUGGCAGCAUGGUGGGAGCUGUUUGCUUGAAGGUGAUGAUUGCUCGUAAACAGCUCAUGUUGGAAACAGCCACAGGGAAGUCGGUUUGGGGAAGUCUAGCGGUCCAGAACAGUGCCAAGGGUUCACACCGUGAUAAACGUAGCCAGGUGGUGUACAAUGAGGAUUUCCUGAGAUAACCUGGGAGAAGAAACAAGAAGGGAGUGAAUGACUCCAAGCCAUACCUCUUGGGAGAAAGUGACUCACCUCCGUCCCCUGUUUUUUUGUAUGGCCUCAACUUUCACUAAUGUUAUGCAUAAGAAAUUUUAAGAGAGUUGCAUUUAAAUAGAGCACAGAACUUCAGUAGUGUUGCUGAAAACAGAGAAAUUCUUUUGAAGAUUUUUGUCUUGCACUCAGCAGGACAGUCACACAAGAAUGCCACAUUUUGAAGGAAAAACAUUUUAUGCUAAAUGAACGAAAUGCUGAUUGGUUGUCCAGUAGACUCUGAAUGAUUGAAGCAUUGCUGUGGGGAAUGCACAAAGGAAUAAUUAUUCCCCAGUUAUUUAUUUAAAUUCCGUGAAGGAAGCCAAUUCUGAUUGGUCAAGGCAUUGCCAUGGGAAACCCUUAUGGGAAUUCUUGUUCGCCCAUACUUUAGUUCAAUGAAAAACAUGCAGAACUUCACUUUUUUUGCUCUGUUUGCAGAGGAUAGAACCUCAGUUAUGAAGCUUCUAGAAAGUGCAAGAAAUUGUGAACUGAACUGAUAAUUUUAAGUUGCUUUUUAAUGUCGUUCUCAGUACAUUUAUGUUUGUUUAAAAAAGUGGCGUCCUACCAUGGAACUGCAUCUAAUGUUGGGCAUUAUGUUCUGAGUUUUGUAAGUUAGUGUGGCCAGUACUCUACCUUUUGUAAAUAGCUGAAAGGACAUGCUGUUUGACACAAUUACCAGUGGUUGGGACAUCUGGCCAACAUAACCUGCAGUGUUCCAAAAAUAUUGCACAUGUCCUAACAACAAUGGAUUAUAUCAACUCUCAUUUAGCCUGCUCACAAAAGGCAGAGUACUGAUCAGAAUACUCAAUCAGCCUGUGCUGAGAUUAUUUAAGCCAGAUUUUCAAUAUGACUCAUUAAUGCUUGCCUGAAGCGACAAAGAUUCAUGAACAGGGCCUUGUCUUAUGCAGACAAAAUAUAAUCCAGUCAGACAUUGCAAUUUGAGUUAAAGCAUGACUGAUGAUGGUUCCCUGCUGCUUUCCAAUGUCAGUGCCUCAAAUAAUCAGAGUGACCUUGCUUUUAUUGAAUUUAAACAAAAGCUUAGAAGGAAACUAUUCCCUGGUGUGCUCUGAAUGGCUUUACCUCAAUCAGAGUACAUCCUAUUCUCGUGCAGUUUAAAUUGCUGUUCCCUUUGAAAUGUAGCAUUCAUGUACACGUCCUAGUGAGUGGAAGAUGAAAAUGUUUAGCAGAGUAUGUCUUUCUCAGUAAAUACUUGGGUAGCAUAUGCUAAGAGUCAACCUUUGCACGUCUCCAUGUUUCAAGAGUGGGCGUGGAAACUACCAUGCUCAUUCUUCAUCAGACUGAGAACUGAAGAGUGCUGCCUAGUUUCUAAAUGCCAGAGCAGCUCCAAUUGGCCUAUCAGCUCUACUGUGACCCACUACAUUUCAGCUUUGAGGAGUUUAGGAAAUAUAGAAGCACCAGUGUUCUGUAUGCUACCGAUCCCCUCUUUGUUCAUCCACCUUGGCAUUGGGAGUGGGCUCUUUUCAAGAGCCUCUCAGCCUUUCCUGAUGACUUUAAUAUUUCAGUCAUUAUCUCAUCUUUGAGAAUUCCAUUUCUGAGACACUGCCAGUGCACCUGCUAUUGUUUGGUUUCUGUAAUCAAACCCCAUCAUUAUGGGACCUGUCCUCAUAAAUCGAUACCAAAGAGUUAAAUUGGUUGAGGGACCCCCUCCAGGACCAACAUAUCCCUCCUGUAAGUGUUCUAGUGUAGGUGGUACCUGUGCCAGGAGUGUGGGGACCGAUCAGCAUUAAUGCUUAUGAAUCCCACGAAAUAUGACUGGUCAGUAAAUAUAGCAGGGAGCACCACAUGAUAGGCGUUGUGGUUUUAGAAGGUGAAUGGGUGAUCCGAUUGUCACUAUAUAAACACAUGAGCAGGCUUUUACUCCUCAGGUAGUUUGAUUCCACCGUUCUUAUGGCUAGUCAUUUUGAGAAUUUAUGCUGCUUUGUGCUCAGAACUCAUUUUCUCACUGAAUUGGCAUACCAGUGUUUGGAAAGAGUGCUUUUUAGUGGGGAGAGGGGGCAUGAGAUGGUGAGACUAAUUCAGAUGCCCAGCUUGCAAACCAGAGUCCCAUCCUUAGCACAUGCUGUAUUGGCUAUAUCACUGCGAUGUGAUCUGGGCUGAGAGGGGAGUUUUGUCUUUUGGAGGGUGAGGGUGGUCUGAUUGAACUUGAGGUGGGAGGGAUUGAGCCUAAUUUGGUGUGUUUCACAUCGCCCCUUCUAUCUCCAUCCCCUGCUGCCAUUCCUAUGCCUACCCCAAACCAAAGGUCACUGAUGUCCCAUCCAUUGCCCACUGAGCUUUCAGUCUGGAGGAAGAAUUAUAGGGGAUGUAAUGGGGCCAAAAAUACAAAAUGAAGUAAAUACUUGCAAAUCUGAAAACCUGUUUGGAAUGUUUUAAGUUCCCUAAAAAUAUCCAAUUGUAAAUAUUGCACCAUUUGUUUUUAUUAAAAUAACUGUGUGAAUA